GAAUAGAAUAGCUUUUCUUGCAUACAAGCAACCUUCGCGAUGAGUUUUUUUGUUUCCUCCAAACCUUGUUUGUUCCUUUUGAAGUUGCAUCCUUUGACUUUGCGAAACCUGGAGAAGAGACCCUUCCUCAACUUCUUGCAAAGGGCCUCGUUGUGACUAAAGGGUGRCUGCUUGGGAGACCGUUUGGUCUUGGUCACAAUUUGGGUAGGAACCCAAGAAGGAGCAGGGGUAGGCACAGGACUAGACGAAGGAGCGGUAGAAGGAUCGCGGRUUCUGUUUGAUGUCGUCGUCACUCAUAUGACGGAAACAGUGGUCGUAGGGAUAUUUUGAUGGAGCAUUGGACRGCUGGUCAGUCAUAACAUAGACAUUGUCGCAGUCGUGGUAGUAGCAGUCCCGGUAGAAGUCAAUGUCGAAUUCUCAACCAGGCUUGUACUGGCCCUUCUUGGGACCAUAUUGAUACUGACAAUGAUUGUAUUCGAGCCAUUUCAUCAGUUUUCUGGAGGCACCUCGGAGCGAUCCCUUCUUUUCGCUAGACUUGACAAGAUCGCAGUGGAUGGCCACGUAUCGCGUAAUGAGACCACUUCCAAUCUCUUUGCUAAUCAUGUUAAAGAUAUCUCGGAUAGUAUCUUCCAAAAAAGGUAGACUCGUCCUCAGUAAGUGGCUCUAUCAGGUCGAGACCAACGAGAGAGAUAGAACCACGUUUGGCAKAGUGAAGGGAUAUAAUAUCGAAUGGUGGUGAUGCAUCACUUGGAGACUCAAUAUUCUUUUUUCCCUAGAGAAGACGAGGCUUAGCAGAAGCAUAGAAAUGGAUAUUGCAAGAGAAGUUGAUAGUAGGAAGUGCUUGCGUGUAGACAGCCGAGAUAGAUGUCGAGAACUUCAUGGUAGUGUCGAAGUAUAUUGCUCGAUUUGAUGUGUUGAAUGGCAAACGUUUGUGACAGAAACGGAACAAUUCGUCCCCCCCCCCCAUAUAAUCAACGAAGCAGCAGCGACGCUAUUGAGGAAAAACACGCAAAAAUGGCAACGCUCCAAUUUUUGGCCUAUUCUUGGUCUUCGCGUGUUGCAACAAUAAUGGACGACAUUCAGCUCACCCCACACUGWACGCCUAUCCUCGUUCCUCGCAAGAUUCAAUGCGACUCGAAGGAUAUAGUAAUACUAGUGGUCUGGACAUUGCCAUUAACAUCGCAACUAUCUCGAUCAAUCUCUUUUUUGAGCGGAGAGAAAACYCAUGCUCUGGAUCACAUUGCCGUCGCCUCGCACUAUCCCCAUGGUCUAUUUUGUAAUGCCAAACAUUCCUGUUUUUGUCCUAUCGUUGACCUCCAAUCUUCUGCGCAUAUACAUUCCUUUACCUUCUGCUCCGUUUCGAGCAUGUUGUCAUAUACCAACCAUGGAUAUCGUUCAGGCAUGGCUUUCACGAUCCAAGGAAUGUUUGAGAGCGCAAAAUUGACCGUGGAUUUGUUUACGAAAGCCUCUCUAAUGUUGGGAAUUGAUUUGCACUUGAACCCAAUCUUUCGGAGUUCAAGGUAGGUCAGAUUUUUGGUCAGAGCUUUGUUAAGAAACUCGGAAUCGAAUUCUUUCAAGAAGUUUGGAUCAUCGUUGGUGGAYAUUGAUUUGAGGACUGUGCUCAGUGGGUGUCCGGGACUUGAGAAGUGCACAGCGCUUCCAAGGCCGAGGUGAGGGACCUUAAAGUUCUCGUCACYGUGAAAAUAGGGCUUGCGAAAAUUAGAAUUCUUUUUGGUAAUGUUCCCGUACAAUCUCUGAACCGCAGGGCCCUUGAGCCAAUUGUAAGGAAUCAUUGCGGARUAUUGAGCCUGUUCGCUGUGAAUCWUGAUUUCCAUUCUUGACCCUUUGUCAAGCCAAGCCAGAUUUCUCUUGAAAUUCACGGCGGGAGCAAAAAGGACGCCGUUCGGAUUUUUGAGCUCACACUURAUAACAUGUAGAAGGGAGUCUCGGGUCAUCAUCUCGUCACCAUCGUUCUGAAUAACAUACACGCGGUCACGAGCRGUAUGGUCUUUGUACAGGUCUUUGGUGUAGUCUCGCCCACGAUUCCUCAGUUGGAUCUGGAGGCGGUACCCAAUCUUUUUUUUCGUUUUUUUGGUGGCAUUGGAAAAAAAUUCCGCAGUAAAGUUUCGAAGAAGGUGGUAGUCGAUCUUGUUGGAAUAGAGAUGUUUGAAUUGUUCCUCUAAUAGGUGGGGCAUGAUAAUUGGUUUCGGAAUUCCUUUGAGGGUGGUGUCCAUAUCAAAGAGCACCAAGCGAUCAAUUAGGUCUCCGUAUUCGGCCAACCUUAUCUCAGUAAAGUCACGAUCAUCCCAUCCAACCAUUGUCCAGUCAACAAUGAUUUUAUCCCCAUCUGGAUCCAGAUUACCAGUAAAUGCCUUGAAAUAUUUUGGGUCGGCGCAGUUGAUUGUAGAAUUGUUGGUUGCAUUGACUGGAGUUUUCAUCGGGAUCACCARGUUUUUAUCAUCCAGAGGGGCAUUUUUGUCAUUCGAUGGCGCGGUUAUUGUUUCGGCAGCAAUUGCAUAUAUUUUCUGUGUAAAUUUAUUUCCCGAGCUUCCCUUUUUGAAUCUCUUCCCUUUUUUCUUCUUCAAAUAUUUUUUCCACUGUUUGAUGCCCAGUUCGACAAGAAGCUUUUGCAAAAAGUCUAGGCUUUCGUCGUACAGCCUUCUGCCUGGGUGGAUGAUUGGUGGCACCRGUGAGGCAUCGGUGUAGUCUCGACUUUUUCUUGAGUGAUUCUCUGAUCUUUCUGCCGCAUUGGAAAUCGUGCCUUCCAUCGUGCUUACACUGAUUUGUUUCUGUGGCGACGCAAUGGAUUUGUUGGAAGCAGCAGAUGUAUCUACCGCUGUUGYUGYUGGUUCUGUUAUCGCUGUUACAAGCAUUGGCUCGUUUACCUUUUGCAAUUCAUUCGUAUGGAUAUCCCACAUAACCGUCACGAGAACCGAGUAGCGCAUACUGAAACAUGAUAUCCCUAAGACCGCACCCACCAGGAUGGGAAUGGUUGCGAUGCGUAUUUGGUUUCGUGUAUUGGUCCCUGUUUGUUUUGACUUCGAUUUCAUUGUUGGUGCUGCUGCAGGCUGUUAUAGUCUUUUUAYGGUAUGAAGUUGCGGAUGGAGCAGUCUCCACCUCGUCAAUCUAAUUGCAAAGCCGUAGUUUUUAUUAUCCCUCUGGUUCAGCAUCAAUCUUUUCGUGAAGGAUGUGUCUUUCCUGAUUGUUACUCGUACCGAAUAUAUUUUAUUACUGUACCUGCGGUACGUAUGUAAUGUUCCGCACCUACCGUAUGGUUCGAAAAUUUAUUUGAGAAACGACGAAGGCACAUUUUGUUCGCGGCUCGCCGGGCGGGAGCGCUCUUGCCGAAUUUUAAUUUUAAAUUUUGAAGCUCCAAAAACGAACACCAUGUCGUAUGGUACGUACGUACCUGUAUUUGAUAUGGAUGGUCGUAACUACAAAUACCGUACUUCUAUGAUCUAUGAUGAUAACUUCGUACGUAUAUACAUACGAUACGUACGUACUCGUAGUUCCUUCUUAUUCUGAUUUCUGAUACCGAAGUGUACGARUACGAGCUCUGUGCUGUAGUGUACUCUACUGUAGAGUAGCGUAGUGUAGUCUACUGUAUUACUAUUUUUACGUACCACAGUUUUUAUGCUAAGUACGAGUACGUACUUACUCGUACUGUACCUUACAGGAGGGUACAGUACCGUGAAACUCGGUAUGUACUCGUAGUUUAGUCCUUGGGUUGGGAAUCAUAACCAAAAACACUGACGUAGCAGCAAUUUCGAUGACGCCAAUCUUUGGAACGAUCUGUUAACACUUAACUCACUCGGACUUGAAAGACUACUUGUAAGAAACAAUUGAUAAAGAUGAUUAGGGCUAGGAGAUACGGCGAAKAACUCCUUUGCAGUGACGUUAGUACGGUACGUGACGAACUACUAAGAAAUCGUYUCUAACGGCAACCAACUUCGCCGGCGGGAAUGAUGCAAUCGGUCGUGUGAAUCGAAACCAAUCGUCGUCAUCACCACGAUCAUCCGCGACGAGGCUUCAUUUCUGCCGUACGUUCCUUUUUCUUUGAUACGGGAUKGCGUGAGAGCUAGGAUUGUUGUUUCCGUACCGCAGCCCGCUAUUGUAUUAAGGUACGACUGGGAAGUCUCGCAUACCGUAGUAUUCCAAUUUCAGAGGAUUCAAAAUAGUAGUCAUAAAAUAGAAAAUCAAAACUCAAAAACACCAAGAGCAAAAACCACCACAAUUUAUAGAGUCAAAGGACAACACAACCAUGACGGACGCGAAAGAACAAGAUAGCAAGAUUCAGAAAAGCGAAAGCAGCGCCGYUGCCGAAGCCGCCGUCGACACAUCCUUCAACAAAUUGAACUUUAUAAACUUGAUCGCCUACAUUCUCAACUCGAUUGCCACCUACAGUAUUCAAUUCGGAUGGAUCGAUCGCCCCAACAACGGCGAUAUCUCCGACAAGUACCAGACCAUUAUUACCCCCUUUGGARMGUCCUUUCUGAUCUGGUCCGUCAUUUUCAUGUGGCAACUCUUCUGGGUCUGYUGGCAAUUUCUUCCAAGCCAAAGGAAUUCGGAGGGUGUCAUUAAGGCAUGGUACUACUAUCCCAUCUUUACGGUCUUCCAGGCUGGAUGGACCUUUUCUUUCAGUUGGGAAAUCAUGUGGCUUUCCUUGAUCUUCAUGUACGCAAUUCUCGCCACACUCAUUUCGGCAUCCAUGUCCCUUCAGACCUACAAGAAAACCUGGAAGGGAUACUUGCUGUGGCAAGGACCAUUUUCGAUCCAGACAGGAUGGAUCAUGGCAGCCUCUGCGUUGAAUACRAACGUCUUGCCGGUUUACUACGAAGCGUCGACGACCGUCAAGAUUGUUGUUUCUAGCCUUUCAUUGGUGGUUCUUGUGGUGACGGCUUUCACAUGGCUGUCSUCGUAUCCAGUGGAUUUUGCAAUUCCUCUCGUUAUUGUCUGGGCCCUGGGCGGUGUCUAUGCCGAAUUGCAGUCUCCUAUGCCGAUGAUUCUUGAGGAAUUUUCAACCAAGCAAAUAAAUGGUGUCCAAAACGGAGUCCUUGCCGGGUUGGUUGUGAUUGGUACCGGAAUCAUUGCAAAGGCUGCGUAUGUGAUUUUGAAGCAACGACMUGAGACAAUGAAAUUGGCCGCACAAGCWGAAGUCCCAAAAUCUGUCGAUUCCGACAGCGCCGAAGACUCUGUUUAAUCGAAAAAGAUGACCGAACCAAUCCAUCCAUUAUGUGUUGUUCUCAGAACUAAAUUUGUAGGUCAUGCGACGGACGCUCCGACMCUGACUGUUUCUAUCCAUAAAUCACUCGAUAAAAUGGCCGACGACUGAACUUGCUGUAAAACUGUAGUAYUKUAUUURUUUAUUACCUCCCUCAACCUUUCACGUAUGKCAACUKUUUGAAAGAUAAUAUAKUAGUCAUCACAGC